GACAACCGGCCUCCAGCUGGGGCUGGGGAAAGGGGGUGGAGAGGUGCGGCCCCCCCACGCCCCUUCGGGGUGGGGGGCGCGGGUUCGGCGUUCCGAGGACCCAGGAAUGCCCCCCCGCCAGUCCCCUAGGCAGGCGGGGGGAGGGCUCAGCCGGGAGUUUGGCAAACUCCUCCCCGCGUUGAGUCAUUCGCCUCUGGGAGGUUUAGGAAGCGGCUCCGGGUCGGUGGCCCCAGGACAGGGAAGAACGGGCGCUAUGGGGAGCAGGACGCCACGGUCCCCUCUCCACGCCGUGCAGCUGCGUUGGAGCUCUCGCCGCGGACCCCCGCUGCUGCCUCUGCUGCUGCUGCUGUUGCCGCCACCACCCAGGGUCGGGGGCUUCAACUUAGACUCGGAGGCCCCAGCAGUGCUCUCCGGGCCCCCGGGCUCCUUCUUCGGCUUCGCGGUAGAGUUUUACCGGCCGGGAACAGACGGGGUCAGUGUGCUGGUGGGGGCGCCCAAAGCUAACACCAGCCAGCCAGGAGUGCUGCAGGGUGGUGCUGUCUACAUCUGUCCCUGGGGCACCAGUCCUGCACAGUGCACGCCUAUUGAAUUUGACAGCAAAGGCUCCCGGAUCCUGGAGUCCUCACUGUCCAGUGCCGAAGGAGAGGAGCCUGUGGAAUAUAAGUCCUUGCAGUGGUUUGGGGCAACAGUUCGAGCCCAUGGCUCUUCCAUUUUGGCAUGUGCUCCUCUAUAUAGCUGGCGCACAGAGAAAGAGCCGCUGAGUGACCCCGUGGGCACCUGCUACCUCUCCACAGACAAUUUCACCCGAAUUCUAGAGUAUGCACCUUGCCGCUCAGAUUUCAGCUGGGCUGCAGGACAGGGCUACUGCCAAGGGGGCUUCAGUGCUGAAUUCACCAAGACUGGCCGUGUGGUCCUGGGUGGACCAGGGAGCUAUUUCUGGCAAGGCCAGAUCCUGUCGGCCACUCAGGAGCAGAUUGCAGAGUCCUAUUACCCUGAAUACCUGAUCAACCUGGUUCAGGGGCAGCUGCAGACCCGCCAGGCCAGCUCCAUCUAUGAUGACAGCUACCUAGGAUACUCUGUGGCUGUUGGUGAAUUCAGUGGUGAUGACACAGAAGACUUUGUCACUGGUGUGCCCAAAGGGAACCUCACCUAUGGCUAUGUCACCAUCCUCAAUGGCUCAGACAUCCGAUCCCUCUACAACUUCUCAGGGGAACAGAUGGCCUCCUACUUUGGCUAUGCCGUGGCUGCUACCGACAUCAAUGGGGACGGGCUGGAUGACCUGAUAGUGGGGGCACCCCUUCUUAUGGAGCGGACUGCCGAUGGGAGGCCUCAGGAGGUGGGCAGGGUCUACGUCUACCUACAGCACCCAGCUGGCAUGGAGCCCACACCUACCCUUACCCUUACCGGCCAUGAUGAGUUUGGUCGGUUUGGCAGCUCUUUGACACCACUGGGGGACCUGGACCAGGAUGGUUACAAUGAUGUGGCCAUUGGGGCUCCCUUUGGUGGGGAGACCCAGCAGGGAGUAGUGUUUGUGUUUCUUGGGGGCCCAGGAGGUCUGGGCUCUAAGCCUUCCCAGGUUCUGCAGACCCUGUGGGCAGCUGGCCAUACCCCAGACUUCUUUGGCUUUGCUGUUCAAGGAGGCCGAGACCUGGAUGGCAAUGGAUACCCUGAUCUGAUUGUGGGGUCUUUUGGUGUGGACAAGGCUGUGGUAUACAGGUAUGAACUCCAGGGGACACUGAGGCAUCUAAAGUUGGGAAAGUCAGAACAAAAGGGAACUGGCAUCCUGGGGCUAGAGCAUCAUGCUCCUGUGCCUAGCCCUCAGAGGAGUCCUAAUUCUGUUUACUCCACAUCCGCUGUUGGCAGAGGUCGCCCCAUCGUGUCUGCCAGUGCCUCCCUUACAAUCUUCCCAGCCAUGUUCAACCCAGAGGAGCGCAGCUGCAGCUUGGAGGGGAACCCUGUGGCCUGCAUCAACCUUAGCUUCUGCCUCAAUGCUUCUGGAAAACACGUUCCCAACUCCAUUGGAUUCACGGUGGAGCUCCAGCUGGACUGGCAGAAGCAGAAGGGAGGGGUACGACGGGCACUGUUCCUGGCCUCCAGACAGGCGACCAUGGCCCAAACUCUGCUUAUCCAAAAUGGGGCUCGGGAGGACUGCAGAGAGAUGAAGAUCUACCUCAGGAACGAGUCAGAAUUUCGAGACAAACUCUCCCCAAUUCACAUCGCCCUCAACUUCUCCUUGGACCCCCAAGCUCCCAUGGACAGCCAUGGCCUCCGGCCAGUCCUGCAUUACCAGAGCAAGAGCCGGAUAGAGGAUAAGGCUCAGAUCUUGCUGGAUUGCGGAGAAGACAACAUCUGUGUGCCUGACCUACAGCUGGAAGUAUAUGGGGAGCAGAAACACGUGUAUCUGGGUGACAAGAACGCAUUGAACCUGACUUUCCAUGCCCAGAACAUGGGUGAGGGUGGUGCCUAUGAGGCUGAGCUUCGGGUCACGGCCCCUCCAGAGGCUGAGUACUCAGGACUCGUCAGACACCCACGGAACUUCUCCGGCCUGAGCUGUGACUACUUUGCUGUGAAUCAGAGUCGCCUGCUGGUUUGUGACCUGGGCAACCCCAUGAAGGCAGGGGCCAGUCUCUGGGGUGGCCUUCGGUUCACUGUCCCUCAUCUCCGGGACACAAAAAAGACCAUCCAGUUUGACUUCCAGAUCCUCAGCAAGAAUCUCAACAACUCACAAAGCAACAUCGUCUCCUUCCCACUCUCUGUGGAGGCUCAAGCCCAGGUGUCCCUUAACGGUGUCUCCAAGCCUGAGGUGGUGCUCUUCCCAGUAAGUGACUGGCAUCCCCAAGACCAGCCUCAGAAGGAGGGGGAUGUGGGUCCUGCUGUCCACCAUGUCUAUGAGCUCAUCAACCUGGGCCCCAGCUCCAUCAGCCGGGGUGUACUGGAGCUCAGCUGCCCUCAGGCUCUGAAAGAACAGCAGCUCCUCUAUGUGACCAGGGUAACGGGGCUCAGCAACUGCACCACCAGCUACCCACCCAACUCACAGGACCUGGAGUUGGAUCCCGAGGGCUCUCCACACCACCUGCAAAGACGUGAAGCUCCAGGUGGAAGCUCUGCCCACUCCGGACCGCAGGUCCUGAAAUGCCCAGAAGCUAAGUGUUUCAGGCUACGUUGUGAGCUCGGGCCACUGCACCGGCAAGAGAGCCGAACUCUGCAACUGCAUUUCCGAAUCUGGGCCAAGACCUUCCUGCAGCGGGAGCACCAACCAUUCAGCCUGCAGUGUGAAGCUGUGUACGAAGCCCUGAAGAUGCCCUACCGAAUCCUGCCUCGGCAACUGCCCCAAAAGAAACUUCAGGUGACCACGGCUGUGCAGUGGACCAAGGCAGAAGGUAGCAAUGGCGUCCCACUGUGGAUCAUUAUCCUAGCCAUCCUUUUUGGCCUCCUGCUCCUAGGUCUGCUCAUCUACGUCCUCUACAAGCUUGGCUUCUUCAAGCGCUCCCUCCCAUACGGCACUGCCAUGGAAAAAGCUCAGCUCAAGCCUCCAGCCACCUCCGAUGCCUGAGUCCUCCUGAUCCCAGACUCCUGAUCCUGAAGAGCCAGUCCCCCACCCUCUGUCUGCUGACCAAGAGGGGACUGGGCACUUCCUGAAGGUGCUGAGGGCCAGGGAGACACUCCUCUCCCUCGCCCAGAGACAUACUUGAAGGGCCAGAGCCGGGGGGUUGGGAGUGAGAAGAUAGGGAUCCCUCCCACCAUGCACUGUGAAGGACCCUUGUUUACACACACCCUCUCAUGAAUGGGGGAACUCAGAUCCAGGGACAGAAGACCCAGCCUUUCUGCAGCCUUUGUAUUUUGGAGAGUUUCCUGAAAACUUGGAACCACAACUAGGGAAUCCACUUGUGGUUCUUUGGGCCAGACAUGCCACCAGGACUUCCUGUCCAGCUCCAGUCUGUAAAGAUGUAUCAUUGGCCUUGCCAGAGAUCCAGAAGAAGCCCCCAGCUAAGAACCUGGGACUUGGGAAAUGAGAUCUGGCAGCUCCGACAGCCGCCCCCUGGUGGGCCAACAAGGAACACUAACUGUGGAUGUUGCCCCAGGACCAGCUCAGGACAGAUCCCAAACAAAGGUUGAUGCUGGCCCAGACCCAGCUCCAGGGGAGUCAGAACUUGAUUGGAUCCAGAUCCAGUUUGGGACCUGGGGUUGAUCUGAAGUCCAGCCUCCGGUGUUGAUAACCUAAUCUAGGCAGAUCCAGGACUGCAUUUGGAUCUGCUCCAGACCUGAGUCUAGAGGCCAUGAUGACAACCGAUCUGGAAUCUCAGCCUAGCCAGAUGCAGGCUCUCUCAGUCCCCAGAAAAAGGGGAGCCCCAGGUCUGCAGGACUUGGGUUCUACCCACCAGCUGCACUGACCCUGCCCCUCUCUCCCUGCCCAACCUCCCCUUGGCUCCAGACCCCCGGAACUUAUUUAAACUCUGUUGCAAGUGCAAUAAACCCAACCCAGUGCCCCCACUGACCAGACCUGCAAUCUGUGUCAUCCCACCCCCCUCUUUCCAAACCCCUCCUGGAACCAGAUGGAGCAAAAAAGAUGCCUGUCUUCCAUGGCUUCUUUCCACUGGGUGCCAGGAGUGUGACCCCCCAGUAACUAAGAGAUGAUGUAAGAGGAAAAGGAAGGCUUUGUCUCCUUUGCCCCUCACCCAGCCCCCACCAGAUCUGGUCCCUGACACUUCCAAGGGAGAAGAGUUUCAGGAUCAUGGAAGAAUACAGCAGGGGAAGGUCCAAGUUGAAGGUGGGGGAAGAUGGUGCAGAAGACUCACCUGGACUUCCCUUAAAUCAGAAUAAUAAAAUGAAAGGAAAAAGCCUUGAAACUAAAUUGGA